AAUUCGUUACUCUCUCCCUGCUCUUUGGGCUUUGCUUCUACGCCGACAACACAACAUCGUUUCCUCAAAUUUGUUGGUUCAUGGGAGAGAGUAAUUUACUCUUGGCAAGGCGCUGUCUAAGAAAAAAAAGUUACAAACAUGUCCCUUUCACUUUCACCCUCAUUCCCAAAAUGCCAACUUUCAAGCCUUUUUCUUCUCGUGACCACUUUACACCCAUGAUGUUUCAUCUUCUGUUCUGGGUAGUUCCACUUCUCCAAGGACACUUCACAUUGCUUAUCCCCAACAACAGUGUACUAUAGUUUCUCUUCCAUUUUCCACUUUUCCCUUCCUUCACCAUGAAGAUUGCGUAAUUUUGAGACAAGGGCCAAAAGGGGUUCUGAAUUUUUGUGUGGUUGUGGUGGUUUUGGUUGUUGACUCGUUAAAGUCAGUUCCUUUAUAAGCAUAGUGGUUAGUGAAGAUGCUUUAUUUUUGAGACUACUAGGGAAGGCUACCAAUUUGUCUGUAGUGUUGGACUUUGCUUCAUGGUUUGGGAAGACUAGAUAGUCCACCUUAUUGGCUCUUUCUGCCUUUAUUAUUAUUGCUAUUACUUUGGAACUUGGAUCGAUCACUUAUACUAUUUGGAUAGAAGAAGAUGAGGGGUGGGAGGAGGGGUAAGAUAAAGCUUCAGUUUAGCAAGAUCUACUCAUUUGCUUGUGGUAAAACAAUCUUCAAGAGGGAACAUUCAAAGAUUGGGGGACAUGGUCAUUCCAGGGUGGUUUUCUGCAAUGAACCAGAUAGAUUUGAGGGAGGGAUUUUCAAUUAUGCUGAUAAUUCUGUUAGGUCCACAAAGUAUACUGUUGCCACUUUCUUGCCCAAGUCACUGUUUGAGCAGUUUAGGAGGGUGGCUAAUUUCUACUUCUUGGUGGCUGGCAUCUUGGCCUUCACAAAGCUUACUCCUUAUACUGCCGUCAGUGCUAUCCUACCUCUGUCUAUCAUCAUCGGGGCAACUAUGGUGAAAGAGGGUAUUGAAGAUUGGCGCAGGAAAAAGCAGGACAUCGAGGUGAACAAUAGAAGAGUUAAGUUGCAUGAAGGUGAUGGCAUUUUCAAAUAUACUGAAUGGAAGAAUCUGAGAGUAGGGAAUAUAGUAAAGAUAAUGAAGGAUGAAUUCUUCCCUGCUGACCUCCUACUGAUUUCCUCCAGUUAUGAGGAUGCAGUUUGCUAUGUUGAGACCAUGAACUUGGAUGGUGAGACAAACUUGAAGAUAAAACAAGGGCUGGAUGUAACUUCUUCCUUACAGGAGGACUUCAAAUUCCAUGAUUAUAGAGCCGUCAUCAAAUGUGAAGACCCAAAUGCAAAUUUGUAUUCAUUUGUUGGGAGCAUGGAGUUUGGAGAGCAAAAAUAUCCUCUUUCUGCCCAACAACUUCUUCUGAGAGACUCUAAGCUUCGUAAUACAGACUAUGUGUUUGGAGCAGUCAUCUUUACUGGUCAUGACACAAAGGUUAUCCAAAACUCCACUGAUCCCCCUUCAAAAAGAAGCAAAAUUGAGAAGAAGAUGGAUAAGAUUAUAUACUUCUUGUUUUGUGUUUUAUUUCUAAUUGCAUUUGUUGGAUCUAUUCUCUUUGGCAUUGCAACCAAAGGUGACCUUGACAAUGGGUUAAUGAAAAGAUGGUAUCUAAGACCAGAUAGUUCCACAAUUUUUUUUGAUCCAAAAAGAGCAGCUGCAGCUGCUAUAUUUCAUUUUUUAACAGCCUUGAUGUUGUACAACUUCUUCAUUCCUAUCUCCUUGUAUUUCUCAAUAGAGAUGGUCAAAGUCCUUCAGAGCAUCUUCAUCAAUCAAGAUAUCCACAUGUACUAUGAAGAAGCUGACAAACCAGCCAUUGCCCGUACUUCAAACUUGAAUGAGGAACUUGGCCAAGUUGAUACAAUACUUUCCGAUAAAACUGGAACUCUGACCUGCAACUCAAUGGAGUUCAUCAAAUGUUCUGUUGCUGGGGUAGCUUAUGGCCGUGGUGUGACAGAGGUCGAGCAAGCCAUGGGUAGAAGUAAUGGUUCACCUAUUUUUCAUGAGCAUAUUAAUGGAUUAGAAUCAAAAUCAAAUGAAAUCAGGGACUCUCUUGAUAGAAAAGAACCUAUCAAAGGUUUUAACUUUACAGAUGAAAGGAUAAUGAAUGGAAACUGGGUUAAUGAGCCUUAUGCAGAUGUUAUACAGAAAUUUUUCCGCUUAUUGGCAAUUUGUCAUACUGCCAUACCAGAAGUGGAUGAAGAAACAGGAAAUGUCUCAUAUGAGGCUGAAUCUCCAGAUGAAGCAGCAUUUGUAAUUGCUGCAAGAGAAGUUGGUUUUAAAUUCUACAAAAGGACUCAGACUUGUUUGUCAAUAUAUGAGUUGGAUCCAGUUUCUGGCAAUGAAGUUGAAAGGACAUACAAGCUUCUUAAUGUUAUAGAAUUCAAUAGCUCAAGGAAGCGAAUGUCAGUGAUAGUGAAAGAUGAAGAAGGGAAAAUUUUUCUACUCUGUAAAGGUGCUGACAGUGUCAUGUUUGAAAGGCUUGCAAACAAUGGGAGGAAGUUUGAAGGGAAAACUGUGGAACAUGUGCGUGAAUAUGCUGACACAGGUCUAAGGACCCUAGUACUUGCCUAUUGCGAACUUGAUGAACAAGAAUACAAGGAGUUCGAUGAUAAAUUUUCUGAAGUAAAAAAUUCUGUCGUCGCAGAUCAGGAAACUCUGAUUGAAGAAGUAUCGGAUAAGAUUGAGAGGAAUCUAAUCCUUCUGGGUGCCACUGCUGUAGAGGACAAGCUCCAAAAUGGGGUUCCUGAUUGUAUCGACAAGCUUGCCCAAGCUAAGAUUAAGAUUUGGGUUUUGACUGGGGAUAAAAUGGAGACUGCCAUCAAUAUUGGUUUCUCUUGUCGCUUGCUUAGACAAGGAAUGAAACAGAUUAUAAUUCAUUUGGAGAUUCCAGAUAUUCAAGCAUUAGAAAAGGUUGGAGACAAGAUGGCUAUUGCCAAGGCAUCAAGGGAAAGUGUGCAUCAUCAGAUAUCUGAAGCUGCUCAACUGCUUUCAGCAUCCAGAGGGACCUGCCAGACAUCUGCUCUGAUAAUUGAUGGAAAAUCACUUACUUAUGCUCUAGAGGAUAAUAUGAAGAACAUGUUUCUAGAGCUUGCAAGUCAUUGUGCGUCUGUUAUCUGCUGUCGCUCAUCGCCAAAGCAGAAGGCUCUGGUUACUAGACUGGUCAAAUAUGGAACUGGUAAAACAACAUUAGCUAUUGGUGAUGGAGCUAAUGAUGUUGGAAUGCUUCAAGAAGCAGAUGUAGGGAUUGGAAUCAGUGGUGUCGAAGGAAUGCAGGCCGUUAUGUCUAGUGAUAUUGCAAUUGCACAGUUCCGGUAUUUGGAAAGAUUACUUCUUGUACAUGGACAUUGGUGUUACCGGAGGAUGUCAUCAAUGAUAUGCUAUUUUUUCUACAAGAAUAUCACAUUUGGCUUCACUCUAUUCUUGUAUGAGGUGUAUGCAUCAUUCUCCGGACAGCCUGCAUAUAAUGACUGGUUUUUGUCUCUCUAUAGUGUCUUCUUUUCAUCACUUCCUGUGAUUGCCCUUGGGGUCCUUGACCAGGAUGUAUCUGCCAGGUACUGUCUGAAGUUUCCUAUUCUAUACCAAGAAGGUGUGCAAAAUGUCCUCUUUAGCUGGCGUCUGAUACUUAGCUGGAUGCUUAAUGGAUUUAUUAGUGCCACAAUGAUAUUCUUCUUCUGCACAAAAGCGAUUGAGCCACAGGCCUUUAAUGAGGAGGGAAGAACUGCUGGAAGGGAUAUGCUGGCCGUGACGAUGUACACUUGUGUGGUCUGGGUUGUGAACUUGCAGAUGGCGCUUGCUAUACGUUACUUCACCUUGAUAAAACAUAUUUUCAUCUGGGGUUCCAUUGCUUACUGGUAUCUUUUCCUCAUGGUAUAUGGAGCAAUGCCUCCAAACAUUUCCACAAAUGUUUACAAAGUCUUCAUCGAAACUCUUGCCCCGUCUCCUUCCUUUUGGAUUGUGACAUUCUUUGUGGCGAUCUCAACUCUCAUACCAUACGUCUCAUGCUCAGUAAUUCAGAUGUGGUUCUUCCCCAUGUAUCACCAAAUGGUUCAGUGGAUAAGGUAUGAGAGGAAGACAAAUGGUCCUGAAUAAAAUACAGUGAUGUGAUGAGGCAAAAUAUCAUUGAGGCCAACUGAGUUCAACAGCACAUUUUGCAGCUGAGGCUAACCAUAGACAGAAUUACUAACCAUAGAUAAUACAUGUAUAAUUGUAUAUUGACAUGCAAAAGGGUCUAUUAAAGAAUUAUAACUACUUGACUGAAAACUUUAUAGUAUGUGGCACGAAUGGAAGUUGGAACGGUUGAGAAUGAGAUGGAGUGGGUCCUAUCUAGUGUAACAUACUGAGAUUUUAGUUGAAAAAUGUGAUUUGCUAUACCAUCUGGUGUGUUUGGAUUCA